CUCUGGUCUCUCUUAGCCUGUGGGAAGGUGUAGGGGGAUCCGGGGUGCCAUCUAUCCCUGCCUCCCUUCCAGACCCCGCUCCACCAUGGCAGCCCUGCUGAAGAGCCUGGUGGGGGCGUCGGAGAAGUCGGCCCGCAUCGCCCAGCUGUGCCGCCAGGAGGAGGCGCUCUUCCAGCUGCUCAUCGAGGAGAAGACGGGCACCGACAAGAACAAGAAGUUUGUGCAGGAUUUCAAGACACUGGCGGACGUGCUCAUCCAGGAGGUCAUAAAGCACGACGUGGGCAAGGAGUUCCCGGAGCUGCAUGGCCACAUCGGCGGGGAGGAGUCCAACCAGUUUGAGAACAGCCUCGGAGAGACCCUGGUGGUACAGGUGUGUGCGACCCAGCAGGACACGGCCUCGCUGCUCUUUACCAUCCUGGACCGGAACCAGCCGGCGGCCGAGCUACUGGCAGCCGCCAUACACCAGGAGGUGGCGCUGCAGGACCCGGCGCUGGACGCAGUGGCGCUGGCAAUCCCCCCGGAGAGACUGGCCAUCUGGAUCGACCCCAUCGACUCCACCAACCAGUACAUCCGCGGCCAGGCCCGCGUGGCGCCCAUCGGUGGCAUCUGCCCGUCCGGGCUGUGCUCGGCGCUGGUGCUCAUUGGGGCGUACGACCGCAGCUCGGGGGACCCGGUCCUGGGGGUCAUCAACGAGCCGUUCUUCCGGGAGGACCCCCUCACCCACAGGUGGCAGGGUGUGUAUCACUGGGGCAUCUCGUACCAGGGCACCAGCCUGUCCUCGCUGCGCCGGCCCCCGCUGCGCCCCGAGCCCUGCGUCGUCCUGAGCAGCAGCGAGACACUGGCGAUCCAGCGGGCGCUGAGGCCACUGUACGGGGAGCGGCUGCGCUUCGCCUCGGGCGCCGGCUACAAGAUGCUAUGUGUGAUCCUGGGGCUGGCUGAGGCCUACGUCCUCUCGGAGGGCAGCACCUUCAAGUGGGACUCGUGUGCCCCCCAUGCCAUCCUGCGGGCCCUGGGUGGAGGGAUGGUGGACCUGGAGGCUGCCCUGCAGGCCUGGCGCGCUGGCCAGUGGGGGGCACUGCCGGAGCUGACCUACAACCAGCCUGCGGGGGGCGCCGUGGGGGCCGAGCGCUGGGCCAACCGGGGCGGCCUGGUGGCCUUCAUGCACCGUGAACACCUGGAGGUGGUGCUGGCCACUCUGGCUACAGCUGCCCUGUGACCCG